AACAAGUCCCCCUCCCUCCUCUACAUCCACCUGUCAAUACAAUCCAUCUUGAAGGUCUUAAUCUGUCAUACAACCCUCUUAGACUUUCAUACGAAAUCUCAUGGAUCUCUCCAUGAAGGUUGUUGUGGUUGUUCUCCUGCUUCUUGUGACCGCAGAGGACCAGGGACCAGUGCAGCUAGCUUUGGCGAGGGACUGUCAGUCAAAGAGCUUCAAGUUCAAGGGGAUGUGUGUGCGCGAUGAUAACUGUGCAAGUGUUUGCCUGGUCGAGGGUUUCACCGGAGGCAGGUGCAAGGGCUUUUGGCACCGUUGUUACUGCACCAAGGACUGCUAGAUGGCCCUGAUUUGUCUAUUGCAUGUAUGCUUCCGUGUAAUAACUAAUAACAGAAUAAUAGAUCUAUAUCUAUGUAUCUA